CCGCCGGGCGCCCGAGCAGGCCCGGCGCGGCCCCAGGUCUUGGGGCCCUGGAGGAGUGACCUGCUGGCCUCGGGGUUCCGCUGCGGCUGUGCCAUGGCCACCCCGGACGUGAGCGUCCACAUGGAGGAGGUGGUGGUCGUGACCACGCCCGACACCGCGGUGGACGGCAGCGGUGUGGAGGAGGUGAAGACUGUGCUGGUGACAACCAACUUGGCCCCUCACGGGGGGGACCUGGCGGAAGAUAACAUGGAGACGGAGAAUGCCGCCGCCGCGGCUGCCGCUGCCUUCACAGCCUCCUCCCAGCUCAAGGAAGCCGUAUUAGUGAAGAUGGCCGAAGAGGGGGAGAACGUGGAGGCCGAGAUCGUGUACCCCAUCACCUGCGGGGACAGCAGGGCCAACCUCAUCUGGAGGAAGUUCGUGUGUCCUGGCAUCAACGUGAAGUGUGUUCAGUACGACGAGCACGUGAUCAGCCCAAAGGAGUUUGUGCACCUGGCGGGCAAGUCCACGCUGAAGGACUGGAAGAGGGCCAUCCGCAUGAACGGCAUCAUGCUCAGGAAGAUCAUGGACUCGGGGGAGCUGGACUUCUACCAGCACGACAAAGUCUGCUCCAACACCUGCCGCAGCACCAAGAUCGACCUCUCGGGGGCCCGCGUGUCCCUGAGCAGCCCCACGUCUGCGGAGUACAUCCCGCUCACGCCCGCCACGGCUGACGUGAACGGCUCCCCUGCUACCAUCACCAUAGAGACCUGCGAGGACCCUGGGGACUGGACCACGGCCAUUGCAGACGACACGUUUGCCUUCUGGCGGGGGCUGAAGGACGCGGGCCUGCUGGACGAGGUCAUCCAGGAGUUCCACCAGGAGCUGGUAGAGACCAUGAAGGGCCUGCAGCAGCGCGUCCAGGACCCCCCCCUGCAGCUCCGAGACGCCGUGCUACUCAACAACAUCGUGCAGAACUUUGGCAUGCUGGACCUGGUGAAGAAGGUCCUGGCCAGCCACAAGUGCCAGAUGGACCGCUCCCGGGAGCAGUACGCCCGCGACCUGGCAGCCCUGGAGCAGCAGUGUGACGAGCACCGCCGCCGUGCCCGGGAGCUCAAGCACAAGUCACAGCACCUCAGCAACGUGCUCAUGACGCUGACCCCGGUGUCCCUGCCGCCCCCCAUGAAGCGGCCCCGGCUCGCACGGGCCACAUCCGGCCCGGCCGCCAUGGCCUCGCAGGUGCUCACUCAGUCCGCACAGAUCGCACUUGGCACAGGCGUGCCCGUGUCCCAGCUGACCAGCGUGCCGCUUGGCAAAGUGGUGUCCACCCUGCCGCCUGCUGUCCUGGGCAAAGGCUCCUCCCAGGCGCCCCCUGCCAGCUCCCCAGCCUCCCCGCUCCUGGGCGGAUACACGGUCCUGGCCUCCUCGGGCCCCACCUUCCCCAGCACCGUGGAGAUCCACCCGGACGCCUCCAGCCUCACCGUGCUGAGCACGGCGGCCAUGCAGGACGGCAGCACAGUGCUGAAGGUGGUCAGCCCGCUACAGCUGCUCACGCUGCCUGGCCUCGGCCCCACCCUGCAGAACGUGGCCCAGGCCUCACCUGGGGGCAGCACGAUCGUGACAGUGCCCACGGGGGCCGCCCCAGGGCCCGAGGAGCACACGGCCACCAUUGAGGUGGCCGCCGUGGCAGAGGACCACGAGCAGAAGUAGCCAGCAGGAGGGCGGGGCCCUCGGGGAACAGAGCUGGCUGCCUCUCCUCAGGCCACAGACGGACGGCAGAGGCCACGGGGCUGGCUCAGCCCAGGUGGGUCACGUGGGCUGAACCAAAGAGAGAGAUCGCCAGAACGCGGCAAAGAGAAGAGGGUCAGGGGCGGCGCAGCCUGGACCGCUGGUCUCCAGACCCGAACCUCCCUCCCCCUGCUCUUGGGAAAUGUGCUGUCCACCUGUUGCUCACGCUGGGCUUCCCUGGGAGCCGCUGGAGGACAACGAGCAGGAGCGGGUGCUGGUGCGGCCCUGGUGCCUGCGCCCCCGCCUGGCCCCUGGGGUCAGAGCCUGGGGGACAUUACUACACACGUCUUGGGGACCGUACCCAAGUGUGGAAACCCAUGGAUCCUAUGGAUUUGGCUUCUUCCCACAGUUUUCUGUAGGGUUAGUGUGGCUGCGCCCCGUUCUCCGCCCUCGUGGGAGCGUGCGCUGGGGCUGGGGCGCAGGCCCGGGUGCUCAGGGGACCGAGGCCGCGCAUGUCCCGCGGUGGCGUUGAGGGAGCUGCUCGGUAGGCUUCCAGGAAGAGUCAGGUUUACAGCAUUUUCAACCAAACAGUGCCGAGUGCCUCGGCUUCCCCAGGGGGCUCUGGGAAGAGGCCUGCGGUACCGAUGCAUGUACUUGCCCAGGUGCAGGGCGUCCUGGGCGGCACCCUGCCCGCAGCUGCCCCCCAGGAGUCAGAGCUCUGGGUGGGGCCGCGUCAGGAGGACGAGGCGCUCCGGAGAGCAGCCCUCAGUGCCCUGAGCCCCGCCCAGCUCCCUGUCCUGAGGGAGCCCUGGGGUGUGGGAGCUGCUCGGGGUGGGGGGACAGCAGCAGGUCAGGGCUGGCAGAGGGGGCACCUGGGACCUGGCCUUGAGGGGCUGUCCUGGGCUGCUUGUGGGUCUGGUUUGGACUCAGGAGGAAGACCAGGCUGGGCGGGGGGUGCCCUCCAGGCCCAAGCCCCGGGGCCAGACUUCCAGGAGCAGGGAGCUCAGGGUGUGUCCUGGGACGCUCCUGCCGGUUCCUGUGUCCUAAGGGGCUGCUGCCCCACUUUGCUGCCUUGAGGGGACCUGGCUGACCAGCCGUGCUGGCCCUGCUCUGGAGUCCGGCCGCAGGCCCUGCCCUUCCUCUGUUAGGUCAGUGCUCGCGCGGCCGGAGCCGCCCGGCCCAGCGUGCUGUUUACCUGUUUGUAUGCAUACUCCUUUUUUACACUCGUUUUUACUCGAGUUGUGAGUCCUGUUACAUGCAGCCGUGUGGCCCUGUGGGCACCCAGUGGGCGGUGAGUGGCAGGUGGUACUGCCCGGCAGUCCCUGCCCCCCAGCUCAGACCAUAGUGAACCACGUCCGAGCUGGGAGCCAGGGGCCUGCAGUCUGCAGCUGGACUGCCGUGGCCGGGGUCUAUUUUCUUUCUUUUUAAGAGCAAGGCUGGGUUCCUUCCUGCCCGUGCCCCUUUUGUCCACUGAGAGCUGACCAUUUCAGAGCCAUACAGAACAGCCACGAGGCAGCUUCAGGGGCAGUCCCGACCCACGUGGGGCGUCCCUGCCUGCAGCUCGGCCUUCAAGCCGUUCUUGGCAGGGGCUUGGAGCCCCCGCUGGAGGAGGGACCUGGAGAGACAGGAAGGCUAGCACCCCCCGCCUGGCCGCUCUGCCUGGCUUUCUGAGGACGUGGGGUUGGGUUUGGUCUUGGCACAGAGGGGAGAGUGUGUCGGUGCCUGUCACGGGCACCCUGGGCAUGGCGUGGGAGCUCUGUUCUGUACGUUGUUUGCAAGUAUCUGCUUGGUACUUUGAUUUAAA